AUGUCUAGGAAUAAUUACAAAGGGUGGGACGACUAUCAAAAUUCCUCACACCACAUUCAUGUUCCUGACACUAUACCCGUUCGUGAAUCUCAAAACAAUGAAUAUCCUCAAACUAAUCAGCAACACAGGAACAACCCGUAUUUGGAUAUAUACUCAUCCUUGGACUCGGGUUCCGAAACUACAUUCACUGACCAACGAUAUACUUUACCAAGAUACACGCAAAGGAUGGAAACCAUCGCUACCAACUCCUCACACGAGAAGAUAUCUUCAAAAAUAUCACACAAUUCUGCAAACUCUGCAAGCUCACUAGAAUCACAACCUCAACUUCACAAUGAAAAGAGAUUAUUCUCAUGGCUCUUUUCUAAAAGAGUCCCACUGAUACCCAGCGAAGAAGAGAGGAAAGAAUACCCGUGGACAAAGACUAAUGCAAUUAAGCGGGUGGGAUUUUGGUGGUUAUGGCCGGUAUUGAAAAAAGGUUACAAACGUACAUUACAUCCAGAUGACUUGUUUGUGUUGACCCCAGAGUUGAAAGUGGAGUAUAUGUAUGCGCAAUGGGAAAAGCACAUGAGUAAGAUAGUGGGAGAUCUCGACGAGUCAAAACCUUGGCCAAAAUAUGCGAUUCCCUGGGCAUUGUUUCUUACUUUCAAAUGGCAAUACACAUUCUCUUGCGUUUGCUUAGCAUUGGCAUUUGUUUGUAUCGCCACGUCGCCAUUGGUUACGCGACAGUUGAUUGAUUUUGUCGAAUACAAGUAUUUUGGAGUGUACACAACGUACAAUAGAGGAAUCGGCCUCACUUUUGGAGCCGUCAUUCUUAUAUUUGUUAAUGGAUUACUACUCAAUCAUUUCUUCCACAACUCAAUGAUUUGUGGCGCACAAGCCAAGGCCAUAUUAACCAAGGCUUUAUUGAAGAAACUGUUUAAUUUGAAUUCAAAAUCAAGGUACUUAUUCCCCGCUGGCCGGGUGACAAGUUUGAUGAGCACGGAUUUGUCAAGAAUCGACUUGGCCAUUGGGUUUCAGCCAUUGGUAUUGUGUUUCCCCAUCCCAAUGAUUAUAGCGGUGAUUAUAUUGGUGAUUAAUAUCGGUGUUUCGGCAUUGGCAGGUAUUGGAUUGUUUAUCGUGUCACUCGUUGUUUGCGUAUUGUUGACCAAAAAGUUGUACACCACUAGAGAAAAAGUUGUCAAAUACACGGAUGAACGUGUUUCGUUAAUGAGAGAGAUCUUGAACAAUCUCAAAAUCAUUAAAUUUUACGCAUGGGAAAUGGCUUACAAGGCAUCGAUAUUGAAAAUAAGACACAAGGAGAUGAAGUAUUUGUUUACGAUUAAAGUGUUGCGUAACUUUAUUACGGCAUAUGCAGUGACUAUGCCAGUAUUGACAUCCAUGCUUUCGUUUAUUACCUUGUGGGCCACCGACCAUAUGCAAACCCCAGGAAAAGUGUUUAGUUCAUUGUCAUUAUAUGCCAUCUUGGCACAAGCCAUCAUGUUGUUGCCAAUUGCCUUAUCCACUGGAGCUGAUGCCUUGAUUGGUUUUCAAAGAUGCAACGAUUACUUGUCAGCUGAGGAGUUUACAGAGGAAGUCAAUAACAAAAUGCUAUCGUAUGAGGAUAAAUUUUACACGGGUGAGGGUGAGUUUAAUGAUAUUGCCAUACAAGCGAAGCAUGCAGAUUUCACUUGGGAGAGUCAUGACGAUGAUUUGGAUGUGGAAUUAUGGAAGGAACAUCCUCCAAAAAGUGCAGAGAAAGGCAUCCAUGAGAGUGAUGCAGAAUCAUUGGACACAUGUGCGUCAAAUCACAAGUUUAAAGGAUUGACAAACGUCAACUUGUCGAUUAAAAAUGGAGAGUUUGUUAUUAUAACAGGUGUCAUUGGAUCAGGUAAAACAUCAUUGUUGAACGCGCUCGCUGGCUUCAUGAAAUUAUCCAACGGAUCAAUCAUUCGUAACAAACAAGUUUUGCUUUGUUCGACUACAUGGAUACAAAAUGCUACAGUGAGAGAAAACAUUCUUUUCGGGAAACCAUAUGAUGCUCACCGAUACAAGCAAGUUUUGUUUGCUUGUGCAUUGGAAGACGAUGUGGCAAUUUUACCCGCAGGAGACAGAACUGAGAUUGGUGAACGUGGAAUCACAUUAUCGGGAGGUCAAAAGGCAAGAAUCAACUUGGCCCGUGCUUGCUAUGCUGAUGCAGAAGUGCUUUUGUUUGAUGACGUAAUCUCUGCUGUUGACGCCAAAGUUGCUAGACAUAUCGUUAUUCAUUUGUUCCGAGGCUUGUUGCGUGACAAAACCAUCAUUUUAGCUACUCAUCAAUUGGGGAUUUUGGAAUUCGCCGACAAGGUGGUAUUUGUGGAUGAUGGUUCAGUGUAUUCAGGCUCGCUUGAUAAGUUGAUUGCCAAACGAGAAAGCUUUCGCAGUUUGGUUGAGCAUGGAAAAGAAUCUAGUGCGACAGAGGAUGAUGCAGAAGGGGAUUUUGCCAAUUCCGAUUACGAAGUGCAACUACCUAGCCAGAAAUUAACCAAGGAUGAGGAUUACGACCUCACCGGAAGAACUACCACGGAUGAAGUACGCGCAACUAAUGCCAUCUCUUGGUCUAUUUACAAAAAAUACAUUGAUUUGGGAUCAGGGAUAUUUGGAAAGUUUGCAGCUCCUUUAUUUGUUAUUCUUGUUGCAAUUGCCACAUUCUGUCAAGUAUUUACCAAUACUUGGCUUUCAUUUUGGGUUGAAAACAAAUUCUCCGGUCGCAGUGACCAUUUCUAUGUUGCCAUAUAUGUCAUGUUUGCAGUUUUGACAGUCAUAUUCACCGGUAUCGAGUUUAGUAUGUUGGCAUAUAUGCAAGAUUGCUCGGCCAACAAGCUCAAUUUGAAAGCAGUUGAAAAAAUUUUGCACGCACCAAUGUCGUUUAUGGAUACAACCCCAUUGGGAAGGAUUUUGAACAGAUUCACCAAGGAUACCGAUUCGUUGGAUAAUGAAAUCGGUGAGCAAAUGAGGUUAUUUGUGUUUCCCAUGGCAUUGAUUAUCGGUAUUAUUGUCUUGUGCUCAUGUUACUUGCCGUAUUUUGCUAUUGCUAUCCCGUUUUUGGGAUUUGCAUUUGUGUUUUUGGCCAAUUUUUACCAAGGUUCAUCGAGGGAGAUUAAGAGAUUGGAAGCAACCCAAAGGUCAUUAGUUUAUAACAAUUUCAAUGAGUCAUUGACUGGUAUGGAAACCAUCAAAUCCUUCAAAGCUGAAGAUGACUUUAUGAAGAAGAAUGAUUAUUACAUCAACAGAAUGAAUGAAGCGUACUACUUGUCCAUUGCUACUCAACGGUGGUUGUGUGUUCAUUUAGAUAUCAUUACUUCAUCCGUUGCAUUGAUUGUUUGCAUGCUUUGUAUCACUGGUCAGUUCAACAUUAGUGCUUCAUCGACGGGGUUGUUAUUAAAUUACGUUUUGCAAUUGGUUGGAGUGUUGUCAUUGACCAUCAGAUCGAUGACUCAAGUGGAGAAUGAAAUGAAUUCAGUCGAGAGGUUACAUGAAUACGCCUACAGGUUACCACAAGAGGCGGCAUACACCAGAGAAGCUCAACCUCCACAAGAGUGGCCACCAUCAGGCUAUGUUACUUUCAAAGAUGUGACACUUCGAUACAGACCAAAUCUACCACCAGUAUUGCGCCACUUGAAUGUAAACUUUUAUCCUGGAGAAAAGGUUGGUAUCUGUGGAAGAACAGGUGCAGGAAAGUCGUCAAUAAUGUCAGCAUUGUACAGAUUGAUUGAAUUGGAAGAUGGGAAAAUUGAGAUUGAUGGGUUGGACAUUUCCACAAUGGGGUUAUAUGACUUGAGAUCGAAAUUAUCAAUAAUUCCACAAGACCCAGUGCUAUUCCAAGGCACAAUAAGAAGAAACUUGGAUCCAUUCAAUGAGCACGAAGAUUACAAGUUGUGGAAAGCAUUGUGCACAGCAGGGCUCAUCUCCGAAGACCAAAUCAAACAGGUUGCAUCAAUGAAGUAUUCACCAGAGGAAGGAGUAGGGUACAACUCACUUCACAAGUUCCACCUUGAUCGCAUUGUUGAUGAUGACGGGGCAAAUUUCUCCCUUGGUGAAAAGCAAUUGAUUGCAUUGGCGCGUGCAUUGGUUCGUGAUUCCAAAAUUCUUAUUCUUGACGAGGCGACAAGUUCAGUUGAUUUCGCUACUGAUUCAAAAAUACAGGAUACGAUAAGUUCUGAGUUUAGACAUUGUACUGUGUUGUGCAUCGCUCAUAGGCUCAAAACCAUCUUGAAUUAUGAUAGGGUGCUUGUGAUGGAUAAAGGGGAAAUUGUCGAGAAAGGUGAUCCAUGGAAGUUGUACCAAGAGAAAGGUACAUUCAGGUCCAUGUGCGAUAAAGCAAACAUCAAUGAGAAUGAUUUUUAG